AUGGCAGCCACUGAGAUCUCUGUCCUUUCUGAGCAAUUCACCAAAAUCAAAGAACUCGAGUUGAUGCCGGAAAAAGGCCUGAAGGAGGAGGAAGAAGACGGAGUGUACAGAGAGAAAGACCAUCGGAGUCCUGGUGAGCUGGAGGCCGAGUGUACCGCUGGGGCCCUCCAGGACAGUGUCCUGGAGGAAGAGCUGGAGCUGGUGCCCGCUUCCUCCGAGGAGAGUGAGAAGCACAUCCUGACCCUGCAGACGGCGCCCUUCACGUCUGAAGCUUUCGAGUUGCAGGAUUUGAGCUUGCUGAGCAUACAGCAGCAGGAAGGGGGGCAGGUGAUGGUGCAGCAGGCUGGCCCUGGGUUGCUGUGGCUUGAGGAGGGGCCCCAGCAGAGCUUGCAGCAGUAUUUGGCCAUUAGUAUCCAGGAAGAGCUGUACUCCCUGCAAGAGAUGGAGGUGUUGCAGCUCCACCUUCUAGAGGAUAAUGUGCUGGCCAGUGAAGAGAGCAAGUUAGCAGCGAGCCUGGCUGAAAGUGCUGGACUGACUAAGCUCCAGGAAAGGCAGGAGAAAGAGCAGUUAUUGCCUGAAAGAAGAUUGGCUGAAAGAACAAAGGAGCAAUUCUUACAUUUGGGAGCGAUGCCAGGAGACAAAGGAAGUGACGAAAUCUUUCUGAAAAUUUCAAAUUUAAACGUGGAAGAACAAGAGGAUCGACCUAUAGCUGUUCCAGCAAAUGUUGAAAAGGCCAAAUCUGCAGAAAAUCAAAGGCAGACAAAGGGAGCAAAACGAACCUUCUGCUGUGAUGUCUGCGUGUUCACCUCUUCAAGAAUGUCAAGUUUUCAUCGUCACAUGAAAACUCACACCAGUGAGAAGCCUCACCUGUGUCACCUCUGCCUGAAAACCUUCCGCACAGCCACUCUGCUACGGAACCAUGUCAAUACCCACACAGGAACCAGGCCCUAUAAGUGUAGCGACUGCAACAUGGCAUUUGUCACCAGUGGAGAACUUGUCCGACACAGACGCUAUAAACAUACUCAUGAGAAACCCUUUAAAUGCUCCAUGUGCAAGUACGCCAGCGUAGAGGCAAGUAAACUGAAGCGCCAUGUCCGAUCCCACACGGGGGAGCGCCCCUUCCAAUGCUGCCAGUGCAGCUACGCCAGCAGAGACACCUACAAACUGAAACGCCACAUGAGAACGCACUCAGGUGAGAAGCCUUACGAAUGCCACGUCUGCCACGCCCGCUUCACCCAGAGUGGGACCAUGAAAAUACAUACUCAGCAGAAACACAACGAAAACGUCCCCAAACACCAGUGUCCCCAUUGUGCCACCAUCAUUGCACGGAAAAGUGACCUACGUGUCCAUAUCCGCAACUUGCAUACUUACAGUGCUGCAGAGCUGAAAUGUCGCUACUGUUCUGCUGUCUUCCAUGAACGCUAUGCCCUCAUUCAGCACCAGAAAACUCAUAAAAAUGAGAAGAGGUUCAAGUGUGAACACUGCAGUUACGCCUGCAAGCAGGCACGUCAUAUGACUGCUCACGUUCGCACCCACACUGGAGAGAAACCAUUCACCUGCCUUUCCUGCAAUAAGUGUUUCCGGCAGAAGCAACUUCUAAAGGUUCACUUCAGGAAAUAUCACGAUGCCAGUUUCAUCCCAGCUGUUUACAAAUGCCCCAAGUGUGACAAAGGCUUUUCCCGCUGGGUGUUGUAUAAGUUAUCUAUUUCUGCAUGACAUAUUACCUCAAAAUAGAGUGGCUUAAAACCACAAACAUUUGUCAUCUGUUAGUUUCUGCAGGUUGGGAACUUGGAGCGGCUUAACUGUGUGGUCCUGGCUCAGGGUCACUCCUGAGGUUGCAGUCAGGGUGUCCACUAGGCUGCAUCAUCCGAAGGCUGGACUGGGGCCAGAGGCUCUGCUUCCAGCAUAGCUUCACCCACCAGCUGCUGGCCCAGGCCUCUCAGUCCUUGCCACAGGGACUUCUGUGCAGGGCUGCUGGAGUGUCCUCCUGACUCAGAGCAAGUGAGAGAGUGCAGGCAGGAAGCCACGGUGCCUUUUGCAAUGUAGUCUUUUAAAUGGCACAACAGCCAGGUAUGGGGGCUCACUCCUGUAAUUGCAGUACUUUGAGAGGCUAAGGCAGGCAGAUAAUUUGAGGCCAGGAGAUUGAGACCAGCCAGGCCAACAUGGUGAAACCCUGUCUCUACUAAAAAAAAAAAAAAAAAAUUAGCCAAGCAUGGUGGUACAUUCUUGUAAUCUCAUCUACUUGGGAGGCUGAGACAGGAGGGUCACUUGAACCUGGGAAAUGGAGGUUGCAGUGAGCUGAGAUGGCACCAGUGGCCUCCAGCCUGGGUGACAGAGCAAGACUCUGUCUCAAAAAAAAAAGUGGCACAUUACUUCUAGUCACAAGAAAUGAAUCAUGGAGUCCCACCCACACUCAAGGAGUGGGGAAUGAAGUUUCUUUUGAAAUUAAGAGCGUCAAAGAAUUUCAGGACAUUUAAAAACCACUGCACAUGGCUAGCUAGAUCCCUGGACCAUGCAGGCUUCAGCCUAACUUUAUAAAAGUUUAAAAAAAGUUGAAUUUUCUGAAGUUGACCAUUAAAAAAAAAAAUCUUUCUUCUUAAAAGAAAACAGUAAUGUAGUUGUGUUUUUCUGAGUGGCACAGUGGGAUAGUUCUGAAAUGUCAAGCCUAUUAGUUUAAAAUUUCAAAUAAAAGCAGUGGCAGUGCUCCCAAAACAGUGUCACUCAUGCUAAAAUUGUAAAGAGUUAAAAUUAGCGAGUAGAAUUAUAAAGAGAAGAAACUGCCCUUUGGUGCAAGAAAUAAGAAUGUAGAGAAAAGAACAAGUCUGC